UGCCCUCGGACUUUUGCCAGUUCAUUGUCCUUACUAUAAUGACUGGUACGAGACGUCCUACCGUAAGAACUAUUUUAGAAGGUACAUGUACUUUCUACCCAGAUCUCUCAACCAAACUCGUCUUCGGAAGGAAUGUCCCUGGAGAUGAUGCAUGAGAAAACACUCGUCCACAACCCUGAGUUUGGCAUCUCAAAGGAAGAAUAAGGAAGCAUCAAGACGACAGAAAGAGAGAUCAUAAUAUAUCAUCAGCGGUAGACAAUGGUGGGAAUCCAGUUUGCCCGCCCUGUGGGUCCCUUUGCGGACACCAAAGAGUUGGAAUACAUCUCGGCUCUUCAUCAAACUGGAGAACCCUUGCGUCAAAAUGGAACCAUUCAAGCCAGGGACAUUAUGUACUUUCUGUCGAGUCGACACGGCAUACGAGUGGAAGAAGAUGUUGUAAUGAGCUCGAUUGUACUGGAAAUGGGUGGAUCACUUCCCAUUGCGCCACCAUCCGAAACCCCCACAGUCACUGAAGGCACGGAGGAUGUGGAACAAGCUCCCAAAAGUACUAGUAGUAAUCCCUUGUCCAAACUAUUUGCCAAGAAACGACUUUCCAAAGAGUCCUUUGAGGACGAAGGAGGAGAUCCAUCCGAUAGUGAAGAAGAAGACGAAGAAGACCUUCAACCAGUGCUGGACGUGUGUCAAUUGCUAGCUCUACUGAUGAUCCCCUUUCUCCGUCAGGGCAACCAAGCCGACAAGAAUCUCGUCAUGAGCCGAGGAAAGAGCAUGUUAGGUAGCUUUCGUGCCAAAGCCAUGGAAGAACAGAAUGAACGAGAAGAACAUGCUCGAGAACUGGUCGGUCAUGUCCUAGAGUUGGCACUUCGAAACCUCAUUGGAGAGUUCCAGUUGGAAGAAGGUGAGGACAGUGUGGAUGCCGAGAACAAUGGGAUCCUCCUCACGCCCAAAAUAUUGAGACGAAUCUUGGAGACCUUUGGGGAGUUUGACGUACCACACGAACUGAUACAGGAAAUGAUUCGAGCUGCCAAGGUGGACGCCAUGGGCGGGAGUAAUACUGGCAAGGGGCCGGAUGAAGUCUUUUUGAACAAGGCAGCUUUCUUGCAUGCCCUCACAGCAGAUACACAACUCUGGGAUCCCAGUCGAAUUGAUACUUCGGAGAACACUCAUUUUAAAGACGCCAUGCGAGCUCAUUUGUACCGGGAAGAAGUCCUUUACGGCAAGUCCAAAAUGCUGGAUCGGCGGCGCCGUCCUUCCAAGCCGGCGCCGAUGAUCCCGCAACACCACCAGGGCAAUAAUGACGAUAUGGACGAUAGCAAUGCCGUGGUUUCGAAUAUUCAUGCCGUUCCAUACAAGAAAAUAUACAUGGCAGCCAGCAUUGACAACAACGCCGACAAUUAUCGAAAUGGACCUUGGUUUGCUUUAGUUUGGGUCGAAGCCGUCUUGAUUUACUUUGCCUAUUUGGCAGGUACAGGAUUGAAAUUCACCACGGAACAAUUCCCAAACUGUACGAGUGAACUGGGAUGCAAGAUUGGUGUAUCAUUGCUGAGUUGGAUUGUAGUUUUUGCGGAGCUCAGUAUUAUGGGCUUGACAUGGGUCGUCCUUGCGAGCCUUGGAAAUACCAACCAGCCCACAAAGACCGUUCUCGAGAAGGUGUUUACGGUGGUCCGCCUCGUCGUUUCCAUGACCGUAGUUGUUAUUGUUACUAUUGUUACCUUCGCCGUUGAAACCAAGAACGAAAUCUUCGAUACGGUCAAGAUCGAAUCCAAACAACCUGCUUAUUGGACAGCUUUUCUAGGUGGAAUUGUCAUCUUGUUCCUGCAGCUCACGCGUUUGGUGAGUGUCUUUUUCCCCGUGGGGCGCUUGGAAUCUGGAGGGAUGGGCAAGAAGGAGAAGACGAUAAAAUCCGCUGCUGCCAGUAAGAUUCAAACAAUUGUGGAACAUGCCAUGUUUCUUCACGAGCUCCCUCCCAAAUUCAAGUCAAUGAGACUAUCAAGCGUAACCGAGACUGUGAGAAGUGUUGCAUCUGUACUGCACCGAAGCAGCAGCUCAGAAGGACGCAAGAGCAGGAAGAAUGCCAAAGGAAGUACGAUGUCAAAAGCACUCUUAAAUUUCCAUCGAAUGAAUGAUACAGUGGAAGUUCAAGGUGGUGUCUUUUGGACUGCAAGGGGGCUUUGGAAUGGCACACUUUUACAGCGAGAAGGAAUCUUCCUCCACGGGCGUCUCCUAGCCGUCAACUUUGUGCAGUUCUUUAUUAUUUUUCUAAUGGUUUCGACUUAUGUUACCGUCAUGCGAUUUCUGAACCAGAAUGUCACAACAAAAGAUGACGGGUGUCUCUACACAGUCGGUGAAGGGUUGAACCCAGACGUCUACGAUCCCAAUUGGAAUAGGACAACAAACGGCUUUUUUAACCUUUAUAACAUCAAUGCAACGCACUUUGGUAUAGCGGAGUGGGGGUUGGUCUAUGAAGGACAGAUGCCCAAGUUCAACGGCUCGACUUUCCAACUUCCCAAUGGGCUCACAUCUCCUUCGAUCUGUUACGAGGAGUGGAUGAUCAAUGCCAGUGGGACUUUCUACAACGAACAAGCUUCCUCAAACCAGCUUAUUGAAAUGUUAGACCUGAGCCCUUGGCAGUUUAGGUUGGGUUUGUCGAUUGGCUUGUUCGGCGCCCUUCUUGGUGUCUCAGCUAUUGCAUGUGUCUACGUCCCUUCCUUUGUGUCUUCAGUCCUCAAACUACGCUCUGGUUUCAAUCCCAGUCUCAAGGGUGAUUACGAAGGCUUCCUCAUGUUCCGGAAAUCGCCUGAUGCCACCUCUAUUCUUUUUGGUUGCAACUUGUGGGGCUGUUUCUAUACUGCCCUCAUUGCUUUUGCUAUUUUUGGGAUUGUUGCCUUCGUAACGAUAUGGCCGAUGACUCGCAGCUACGUUUUUACGUUCAUUGCUGGCUACUUUGGAUUAGCAAUUACAAUUGGCUUAAAGGUCAUUGUCAUGAAGUUUCUGCGUUCCGCUUUGUACAGCGGUUAUUACCGAAAGCGGCCAGCCGCUGCCAACUUCACCAACGUGAUCCUUGAGUGCUGGAGCCUUGGGUUGUCAGCCGGAACAGUCACAUCACGAUUUAUCAAGCUGAUAGUUGUGACGGGUUUCUAUGUUGGAAGAAUUGAUACUCCUGUGUUUGCACCAGGAGUGGGCUACGUGGGGAACUCCCCAUUGGAUCCCGCACCCCACGCCUUUUAUAAGGACUUGCUCCUUCAUGAAGCGCACCGCCACCCUUUCAUCGAGCGUCUCGGCCUGCUGUAUCUGCUCAAGCUGAACAACGGCAAACAGUUUUGCACUCGAGCGGGUGCCCAUUGGCGCAUUCUUUUCGUAUUGGCACUUCUUCCCUGGAUGAGAAACUACAGGGUGCGAGACGGGCACGAACAAUUGAUGGACGAUGACGACGAUGAAGACUUGAGUCCAGCGGAGCAGUUGCAAAAGGAAUUCAACCGAGGAGGUGCCAAAGCGGGCGCAAUGGGCGAUAUGCGAGACGAAAUGGACCUUCUUGGUAUGCAAAUCGAGUUGGAUGUGACCCGACGUGCCUACGAAAAGCUUGCGAGAAAAAACCGUGACUUGAAGGCGGCAUUGAAAGCCACAAAAGAAAAGGCCCGGGAGUCCCGACGAGAGAAUAAGAGCCUGAGACACAGUCUAGCAGACUCAAAUCGCGGCUUUCUGCAAGAGACAAUGCAUGAAUUGGGGGCUGAGAUUCAUACACCCAGAUGACGCCUGGUAGGGAGCGCAUGAAAAAGUUGCAAAGCAUAGCCAGCAACGAAAGAAGGUCCCGUUUUAUUUCAUCUCGUAUAUUAAAUUAGAAUGUGUGCAUUGGCCUGCCUGCUAUUACAUGAAUGCAUAGCUAGACCUUGCCAUUUUGUACCAGGUAGCUUUGAUAGAAAAAUCCAUGCAUUGAUGCUUGCGGAUGAGAGCGGGAGUGGUUGUUCGCCCUUAACGAGGGAAAGCAAAUACCGGUACUGUGCGUCCUACCAACAAAGAUCCGCAAUCCCAUCACACCAAUUGAGCCAAUGGCUAGCUAGCCAAGGUACUAUGGGGCAAACUGAGCAACUGUCUACUUUUGAUACAAUUUCUAACCUUACCAUAAACGAUGUUGGUGUCCUUCAUGAUGAGACCCAGGGCAGCCAUUGUCACGCAGCCACUGGAUCACUCCAAUUCGGUCAGACCUGCGGGCAGCUCGAUAUGUCGCUACACUCCAUGGACAGCCAUUUUCACGAGCCCACUUCAGACUUUCCAACCGGCCCCUUUCCGCAGCUUUGACACAUGUGUCUUCAUUCCAUGGACAGCCAUUUUCACGA